AUUAAGUAAGGCUGACACAAUAACGACGACCAUUAAGUAAUGCAACAUCGAUGGAGGUGUGAGUUUAGAGAUGCGAAGAAGGUAGGGGUGAGGAGUUACGUUCAUAGAUCAUUAGUGACGGCGGCCACGAUCACUGGCCGGGCUGGGAGUAGGGAUGGCAAAAAUAUUCGUAACCGUGGAUAUCCACCCGAAUCCGACCUAAUCGGGUAGGGUAAAACCAGAACCCGAAUAUUGCGGGUAAUGGGUGGGCAUGGUUAUCUCACUAUCCAACCCGAACCCGCCCGAUUAUACACAUGCAUAUGUAUUUUGUCUAGAAAUAAUCAUUAUGUUUCUUUAGAAUAUUUUAUAUUUAGCAUAUAAAUAUAAUAUUUUCAUGAAAUUAUAUUGUUUAAUUAAUUUUCGUCAUUCUAGUGAAUUAUUGUCGUACUUUUCCUCUUACGUAAUGUGAGUAUACGUGUGAAUGUUAACAUAUUGGUUGGAAUUAUAAGGAGAAAUUAUUACCCAUGGAUAACCGUGGAUACCCGAAACCCGAACGGGUAUGAGCAUGGUUUUGAUUUUCUACCCGUUUCUCGUGUGGGUACGGGUAUGGGUAAAACCCGAACUACAUUGGGUAGGGUAACGGAUAUGCACUAUCGGCCCCCGACCCGACCCAUUGCCAUCCCUAGCUGGGAGACCCACUUUCGUUGCCAGCAUCGUUGUUGUGCAGGACGAGUGGGAGCCCCACCUCCGGCGGUGUGGCCGGCAGCUUCGCCAUUUUGCACACCGCUAGCAGUAAAAUAUUUGUAUGAACGCGGAAACGAAAAACAAUGAACAAGACACAGUGUUUACGUAGUUCUUCUCAUUCGAUGUGAAUGAGUUUACUUCACGGAGAAGUUUUGCUAUCUCAGCUUAUUAUUCUCAUACGUAACCAUAUACAAGUACAUGUAUAUAAACCGAAAAACCCUAAUCACUAGCUAGCAGCUAGGGUUCGGCCAUCGCAUGGGAAAAAGACCCAUUUGUCCCUUAAGGAACGUAUGGAAUUUUAUUUUACAGGAAUCCUAUAAGUAGGACCAGGAUCCGCACUUUGGUCGCCGGUAUCGCUGCCUGCAGGGUAGUACUCGCUACGUACGGUGAUUAGCAUGCAUGAGAUCAGGAGCAUUAAUUUGGCUGCAUUCUUUCUGGGGUUGUAGUGGUUAGAUAAAUAAAAAAAAUCCCCAAACAACAAGAAAGAAAGUGCUGCUCUAGCUCUACUAAUUAACAGCGAGACCCUAAGACGCGACCAAUAUAUAAAGGGCAGCAGGGGAAGAGAUUGAGAUCGAGACCCAAGGAAGGCUGCCUGGUGCCUGCGGCCUGCCUCUAUAGUAUAGGAUAUAUCCUUCCGUCCUUCCUUGUUGUGCUGGCGUACGAAACGAUGGGCCGAGGUCGCAAGAAGAAGCGGGCGUACUAAACUUGCGAGUGAGCGAAACCCUAAGACGACCAUAUAUAAUUGGGAAGAGCUUCGGAAAUAGGGUUAUCGAGAUCGAGAUCCAGAUCCAGAUUCAAGGCUUUCCUAUACUUUGUUGUGCCGACGAUGGGCCGAGGUCGCAAGAACAAGAAGGCGGACAGGAAGAAGUUGCCGGCGGUCGCGCUGGGGGAUGAUGAUGAUCAGGAUUGUUUCCCCGAAAAAAAAAUUGAUGAUCAGAAUUGGAGAGGUAAGAACUUUUACCUGAGGUGUUUGCGUACUACUCGGAUUUGGGGAAUUGAGGCUUUCAAGCUUAUCGAUGGAAACCAGUUGGGCGGAAAAGUGGCCGAUAGGUUUGGUGAGUUUGAAUAUCUAUUGCCAACUGUUGUCUGUGAUUGGGAUUACUUCAAACAAAAGCUCCCACUAGAAAUGGGGGUCUUCACGUUUGAUGGUAAAGCAUACAUGGUCGGCGGAGAAACUACUGGGGACUUACGUCCGGAAUUCCUUUCUCGAAAUAUGCAUCCUUGGGAGAAAUGGGUUGAACCAAGUGACAAAGUCUAUGAAUUUCUUAAUCCUCCGGAUUUUACCCUCCACGAGCUCCCAGCUUAUCUUCGUUUGCCCAGCCCUAUGCGGUCUCCGAUAGUUGCAAAGAUUGAUGGCAGCGUAUAUGUCCUCUAUGGAGAUCAUUGCUAUAAUAAGGCUGCAAUGCCGAGUGACUCCACCCACUGCUUUGUGGUUUUGGAAAAGGAUGAUGGCAGACCUAUCGAUCAGUGCCGUUGGAGGCCACUUCCCACUCCUCCCUUCUACCAGAAAGGCACCCCUGACUAUUCUAGAUGCAGUGGUUGCUACAAGUUCAAGCUGGGUGUCAUUGGCCACAAGCUUUAUGUAUCUGCAGGCACUCGUGGAUAUGCCUUUGAUGCUCUUACUGGAGAGUGGGAAUUGAUGGAAUUUGGGUAUCCACUAGGCUCUGAAUCCUUGUCGUCAAUGUUGAAACUCAAUGUGGGUUGUGGCCAAAAGGAUUGUUUUGUCGUCGUGGGUGCUGAGUGCUUCCCAGGCAUUGGUGCCUUUGUUGCAUUGGUUGAUUGCAAGACAGGCUAUCAAUUGCACAAGCAGCUACUUCCUGAAGCAUACGAUGUGCGUCUUCCGGUCUCUGCUUUCCAAGUGAUUGAACUACAAGAGGAGGAGCAUGAUGAUGACCGCCAAUUGAGUAGCACAUUCUGUUUUGUUUACACCACAGGAAAUCAUCUUGUAGGGCUUACAGUUUUGAGAUUCUCUUUGCCAGCAGCAUCAGCAUCAUCUCUACCUCUUACAGUGGCGACCAAGGCAUCUAAGAAGGCAUCUAAACAGAAGGUUGCAACAUCAUCAAUGAAUGGGAAAACUGCUGAUGGUGGUAUUCACUUGAAUGUUGAAGUUCUGGAAAAGUGCCUCUAUAUAGAUUCAGAUCCUAGUUUCUACCCUGCCGAUUUUCAUGCCUUCUUCCUCUAGCUAGGUAACUCUUUUUGCCCGUCAAACUCCCCCAGCUUUCUUCUGAUUGAUUGUUGUAUUUGAUUUAUUGUCGUUUCUUUGUUUAAUUUGGAUGAAUCUUCUAUAUGUUCCUAUCAAGCGCAGUUUGCUUUUACAAGUGGUAUUGUUUUAAUGAGAUCGAGUUGAACUCGGAAGUUUCAGUCCGAUUUUAUAUCCGACUUACUAAGCACUCAAAGACAAAUAUUUGUUUUUGCAUAGAGGACACAAUAUGUAUGGGAUUCCUUGUGAUGGAUGAGCAGUUUGUCAUGGAUAAUGGAUUGAAUGUCCGAGUCAAGAAUGUGGUUAAUUACUUGUGAAAGGUGAAUUUGCAAAUUCGAGUUCGGUCUAAUAUUUUAUGUACUAUAAUACUGUUACCUAUGCGACCUUACUGAUCUCUUUGGCUCAUCAAUAAAGGUGUCCCACCAACUUCUUUCAUAUUCUGUUUCCUUCUAGUCCUGUUUUCUUCUGCUUUUCUUAUGAUGCUUUCAGUGUUUCAAGCUCAUAGACAGAGUUCAUUCCCUAUAACUAUUUGCUUAAUCUUGGUAUUUGUCUUCUGUGCUAACCAACAUUGUCGCCUCUACAUCCUUCUCAUCAUUGUUUCAGCACUUCUUUCAGAAUACAUCAUUGAUACGACACCGGUCUCUGAAGAAUUCAUGCUUAAUUUGAAUAGACACCAAACUGAGUGGGAAGGCUGGAUCGAAACAGCUCCUAUGUAUACUAUUUAUUUUCACUUAAGAGAUCUUAAGUUUUGUUGGGUAACAAUUUGUCUCCCUAUGAUGAUAGGUGCUGCUGCUGCAACGGAAAUUUAUCUCAAGCUCCAGUGGUGGAGGAGACAUCUAUGAUCUAACAGGAGGAGGGAGGGAACCUAGCUUCUACCCUGCCGAUUUUCAUGCUUUCUUCCUUUAGGUUGACGUUGGUUGUUGAACUUGCUUUAUUGUUAUUUCUCUGGCAAAUUUGGAUGAAUGUACUAUCUGCACUUAAGUAACCUAAUUCGCCUAUCCACCCUCCACUAUCCCGCUCUAGAUCGCUAAAACGCGAUUUUUGGGGAGUUCGUGAAAAAUUCGCGAACUGCUUUUUGAGAGUGCGUUUUCAGAAUUUGGGAGCGCGAUCUCCCGUGGAACACAGAUUGAGACAAGAAUCUGGAGAAAAAGAGUUUUAUAAAUACUCUUCAUCACCCUAGUCUGUAGUAGGGUCAGUCAGGUUAGUUUGUUUGGUUUGUUCGUUUGGAAUUUGGUUUGUAACCUAUACUCUCCUCAAAUUAGUGAAAUUUGUCCCCCUGCCUGUGGAUUAGCUAGUGAACCACGUUAAAUUUGUGUUCGUUCGUGUUGGUUUGGAUUAUCGAUUGCACGCUUCUGUUCUGACAGAGAUCGAGAUCCAGAUUCAAGGCUUUCCUAUACUUUGUUGUGUCGACGAUGGGCCGAGGUUGCAAGAACAAGAAGGCGGACAAGAAGAAGUUGCCGGUCGCGCUGGGGAUGAUGAUGAUCAGGAUUGUUUCCCCAAAAAAAAAAUUGAUGAUCAGA